AAUGAGAUAACAAAUUUCUGCACCUGCCUAUGGAGUAGGAUAUAAGACUCCAUUCUCUCUAAAUUAAUAAGGAGCUGUCAAACUUAUCUCUCAACCCUCAUUUUAAAAUUAAGUUUAACCAAUUGCAUAAUAACAAUAUCAAUAACAAUAAUAAAGUUACCCAUAGCAAUACAAUAGAUAAGUUUAUCCAAUAAAUGGGAAUGCAAAUGUGAAUAGAGGAACAUGGGAAUAAUAGGGGGGAGUUUAAAGAAUUUAAUCUAGUCAUGGAAAUGUUCCUGUGCAAAGUCCAUUAUAAGUUGUUGAUUUGUAGUAAGUAGAGGAACCUUGGAGAAUAAAGGUUCAGGAAUUACAAAAUAGAAUAAAAGAAUUAGAAGCUUAACAAUAAAAUAAAUAAGAUAACGAUGAUGAGGAAAGUGAAUUAUCUUAAGCAUAUAGUUAAAUUUAAUAAUUAGUUAACACAAUCAAAAUAUUAUAAGAUGAAAUUUAAUAAUUAUAAGAGAAACUUGAGUAGAAAUAAAAUGUGAUAGAUGGUUAUGAUAGAUAGAUAUAAGAAAAAGAUAAAGAAAUUGAGGAAGCAAAUCAAUAUAUUUAGGAAUUGCAUGGUCAGCUUGAAGAAUAAACAACAAACGUUGAAGAGAAACAUAAGUACUUGUUUGAUGAAGUUAAUACAUGGAAAAAGAAGUUUAUCGAAUAAAAUAAGUAUGUAUUAUAUUAAAUGAUAGAGAAUUUCAUCAGAAAUAAGAAGAAUUAAUGAUUCUAUAAGCUGAAUUGGAUAACCUCAAGAAUGCUCAAAUAAUAAUUGGUAAAUCAAGUGAUUACAAGCAAUAAAAAUGAAU